AUGGUCCAACUCGAAGAAGUCGAGGAUGCGGAGCUCGACCAAGCCCAACCCGGUCCCGUCGGAGACGACUACGACUCCGACGACUUUGUCGACACGGAUUCCGAGCUCUCAGACGACGAAAUCAUAUCAUCCGGCCCCCCCGCCGAAUCAAUCACAGACCGCCUCCUCGCCCUGCGCGACAUCCUGCCCCCCCGCUACCGACGCGCCCUAUCCUCCACGCUCAGCUCCACGCUCUCGGCGACGAAGACGGGCGCCUGGUGGGGCGGCAAGGGCCUCUGGGUGCUGACGACGGGCGCGGUGAUGCUGAGCGUGCCGUUCGCGGUGUGCAUGGUGGAGGAGCAGCAGAUUAUGGAGCAGGAGCGGGAGAUGAAGGCGCAGGAGGGGGCGAGGGAGGUGUUGGUGCCGGGGGUGGGGGCGGGGCCGGGCGCGGCGGGGAGUGGGUUGUAG